UAAAAAAAUGUAACUGUCAAUUUUCUUUCUCCGAAGUGGUUUUACGCUCUUUGCGUAUUUUUUUAAUUCUUUAAUUUAAUAAUCGUAUUGACUUUGUAGCAAAUUAUUCUUUCGUUGUAUUUAUUUUGAUAAGUAAUUUAAUUCAUAAUUACUUUAUUGCUAACGAUGGAAGGAAAACAUUUCUCGCCUCAAUAUCCCGACUGUAAUCAUAUCGCACGCAAGUAUGUGAAAGUGGAAAUUAGCGAUGAUUUGGCUAGACAAUUAGCGGCAGAAGACAACGCAGUGUAUCCGAUCUACGAGAAGAAGUUGAGUGACUACGAACGAAUGAAAAAUAAUUCGUUACAAACGAACGAAUUGCUGCGAUGUCGGUGGAAAAGUUUCGUCAGAAAUAUUGAAAAGAGAAAGCAUGAACCUUUUAUAUUUCCCAAUCUAAGAGAUUUUCACUUCGUAAACAAUAGUUUGCAAUACAGGCCGAAUGAAACAAUAACCAAUCGACCAUCAUAUCGAUUUCAAAUGGGCGAGGGUCCAGGAGUGGACAAGUUUGGCCAAAUUCCGAUUCCGCAUUAUAUACCUGAUAAUAUUCCGACAACUGCGAGUAAAGCUAAACAUGGGAAAAAAGUUGCAAAGAAACCUACUGCCAAAAAAUAAAAGUUAUGCCGUUACUAAACGCAGUUUUGUCACGGAAUACAGAAACUAGUUUUUUAUAUUUCAUGAGUUUUGAAUCUACGCUAGAUCCAUAGAUGUAUAAUCAAAUUGAUUGGAAUGCUUACAAAUAAAACGUGCAUACCUACA